UGGACCAAAACUUGGGCGACAAGAUCGAAGCCAUGUCGCUGGAGACGGCGUCGGAACACACGAAGCACAUAAACGUCGACGACCAGCCGCUAUUUCCGCUCUUCCCGACGGUCACGACUCCGGCAGCUCAGGCUCAACCAUCGGAGGACGAGGACGACAUCCCCUCGAGGACGUUGCUCAAGAGACAGGCCCAGCUUCUCGUCGACACGAAAAGUCGCCGUAAGGGUUUCGCCUUCAAGAGAUAAUCAUAGUUUUUACAAAUUGACGUUAAUACGUGUGAUUGUAGUGAGUGAGAUUUAACCUAUACGUAUAUAGGUUAAACGUUUGUGGCGUGUUGUGCUCAUUUUUGUAUACGACUGACGAUAUUAAAACAAACAAGACUUAGUCGAAGAAUAAUUACGAUAAUUUACAAUAAUUUAAUUCAAUUCCCAUUAAUCCCAUUAAAAAAUCAUGCUCGAGAGCUGCUGCCCUCUCGAGCGAUCCGCGGGAAACUUCGGAGCGUUCGAACAGGCCACUGACAUACCGAGCCAGCAACAUCCAGCCCAAAGCGCCGUCUGCGAGAGAGACAACGUGGUUGCCAGAGCGAGAGCGCACGAGAGCACGUUUUGUUUAUAGUCGCUAGUGUACGAGUCGCUUUCAUGUCUCACAAGAUGGGAAAGAAGAGGAAGAACCGCGACGACAACGACGAGACCGAGUUCGAUCCGGCUCCCAAACAUUUGCAGACGGCUCAUAUUAAAAAUCAGGAGAAACGUUUGAUCGUUAUACUGGAAAACGCGCAAUUGGAGUCUGUCAAGGUGGGAAGCAGUUUUGAAUUACUGAACUGCGACGAUCAUGCCGGUAUUCUGAAGAAAAAUAGUCGAGAGCCUGGGAGCAGUCGACCUGACAUAACGCAUCAAUGUCUGCUCAUGCUGAUGGACAGUCCUUUGAACAGAGCUGGAUUGCUGCAAGUGUAUAUUCACACAGAGAAGAACGUGUUGAUAGAAGUCAAUCCUCAAACGAGGAUACCUCGAACCUUCAAGCGUUUUGCUGGAUUAAUGGUUCAACUGCUCCACAAGUAUAGUGUAAGAGCUUCGGAUGGACCAAUGAAACUGCUCAAAAUCAUCAAAAAUCCCAUAACUGAUCAUUUGCCAGUUGGAUGCAAAAAGUUGGGCAUGUCUUUCAGUGCUAAGAAAGUAACGCAUCCACGAGAACUAGUUCCUGCGGAUGAGCCUAUUGCAAUUGUGGUUGGGGCUAUGGCUCACGGCCAAGUCAAAGCUGACUACACGGAGGAAACGUUUUCCAUCAGUAACUAUCCACUUUCUGCUGCAAUUACCUGCAGUAAAUUAUGUUCAGGAUUUGAAGAAGUGUGGGGUGUGAUUUAAUUAUUUUAUUUAGAUAGACAAGUUGUGGUUUUCUAUAAUUCUACAACAAUACAGGCCGUUUUUACCUUCAAUUGUAAAACUCAGCUAAAUUACUUUUCAUUGAAAAAGUACAGAAUUCGAUUCUCAGACAACUCUCAUGCCACAGCUGAAUACUUUUUAAUUUCAAUUGUUGCAGUUCUUAAACUUUAUACUGUUAUUGAAGUAUAGAUCUAGAUACACAUGUACAGAGAGUUAAGUUGACAACUUUAUAUUUUCAUUCAUUAGGAAAUGUUCAUACUGUAAAUUCAGAGUGAAAAUAUGAACUUUUGUAAAUAGCUUACAAAUUUUAUAAAAUAUUCAAGAUUAACAUUUAUUGCGAGGCAGAAAAAUAAAAAAAGAAAACAGUGUUGAAUGCAACAGGCUUCUUUAUUAUCAAUA